UGAUUGGUGGUAGUUAUAAGGAGAAGCAAGCAUUGUUAUUUCUCCUUUCCCACUGUUAUCUGAUCUCAACUCAUUUUGAUAGAGUUUUCGUAACUUUUGCAGUUCCCCCACCACCCAGUGUGCUUAACUGCUUCCUGUCUGGUUGGAAAUGGGUGAAGAAAACAAAGAAGAGGAAAAGAAGGAAGAGGAGAAGAAAGAGGAAGGAAGCACAGAAGCAGAGAAAAAGAAAGAAGUGGAUGAGAAGAAGGCAGAAGAGCCUCAAGAGAUCGUCCUCAAAGUUUACAUGCAUUGCGAGGCUUGUGCAAGGAAGAUUGUCAAAACCCUCAAAGGAUUUGAAGGGGUUGAGGAAGUGGUGACAGAUUACAAGUGUGAUAAGGUAAUAGUGAAGGGAAAGACAGCUGACCCUAUAAAGGUAUGCGAGAGAGUACAGAAGAAGAGCGGAAGAAAAGUGGAGCUUAUUUCACCUUUGCCCAAACCUCCCGAGGAGGAGAAGAAAGAAGAGUCUCCUCCAGAGAAGAAGGAUGAGCCUCCUCCUGUUGUCACAGUCACAUUGAAAGUAUACAUGCACUGUGAAGCUUGUGCUCAAGUUUUGCAGAAGCGAAUCAGAAAGAUUGAAGGAGUUGAAUCUGUAGCUACAGACGUCUCAAAUGAUCAAGUGAUGGUAAAGGGUGUUGUAGACCCGGAGAAGCUUGUGGAGAAUGUGUACAAGAGGACUAGGAAACAAGCUUCUAUUGUGAAAGAUGAAGAAAAGAAGGAAGAAGAGAAGAAGGAAGAAGAGAAGAAGGAAGAGGAGGAUAAAGGAGAGAAAAAAGAAGAGAAGGAAAGCAAGGGGGAAGAGGAUAAUAAAGCUGAUGUCAAGAAAUUUGAGUAUUAUGGUCCCAAAUACCACAUGGAGUACUACUAUCCAUACCCUCCUGAUCAGAUUUUCAGUGAUGAGAACCCAAAUGCUUGCUCUGUGAUGUAGUCAUAUAUUUUUGGCUCAAAGGGUUAUAUCUAGUUGUAUGUAUUGCUUGUUUCCAUAUUAAUGACAUAUGUAGUGCGUUUACAUAUUGAAAUAAGGGUGCUUCUUAAUUCAUCCAAAUGGUCAAUUGAUAAGAAGUUGUAACCUUCUUUUGAUUGCCUAUUGUUUUAUUCCUGAAAGUUCUUCAAGUUAAGGGUAACAAGGGUUCUUUAUUAUGAUUUCA